UAUUUAAUUUUCUGUACUGUGCUGACAAAGAAGAUAUGAAACAGCUUUAUCGAUAUAUAUAAGAUGGAUUGUUACUUCCGUGUCGAUAACGGUGAUGCCCAUCUGCCUCCUGGGUUUCGCUUCCACCCAACUGAUGAGGAGCUCAUUACUUUUUACCUCCUCAAGAAGGUUCUUGACAACACCUUCACAGGAAGAGCCAUUGCUGAAGUUGAUCUUAACAAGUGUGAGCCGUGGGAGCUUCCUGAGAAGGCGAAGAUGGGUGAGAAAGAGUGGUACUUCUUCAGCCUCCGAGACCGAAAGUACCCAACUGGCCUGCGCACUAAUAGGGCUACAGAAGCUGGAUACUGGAAGGCCACUGGAAAAGACAGGGAGAUUUAUAGCUCCAAAACUUGCUGUCUCGUGGGCAUGAAGAAGACUCUGGUUUUCUACCGAGGUAGGGCUCCGAAAGGCGAAAAGAGCAACUGGGUCAUGCAUGAGUAUCGUCUUGAAGGAAAAUUUGCUUAUCAUUACCUUUCACGCAGCUCCAAGGAUGAAUGGGUCAUCUCGCGUGUUUUCCAGAAGAGUCUCUCCUCUGGGAACGGCAGCUCCGCCGUGUCUUCCGCCAGUGGCUCCAAGAAGACUAACUCAAGAAUGAGCUCUUCUGUUAACAUGAGCCUCUACCCAGAACCCAGUUCUCCAUCCUCCAUUUACCUACCUCCUCUGCUUGACUCGUCUCCUUACGCCGCCGCCAACGACCGUGACAGCUGCUCCUAUGACGGCAGCAGCACUACUCCGAGGGAGCACGUGUCCUGUUUCUCCACAUUCUCUGCGUCUGCUGCCGCCAACAACCUCCCCAAUGUUAGCUAUGAACUUGCUCCUCCUCCGCCGCCGCCGCCGCAGCAAAUAGCUCUGGACCCCUUUGCUCGAUUCCAGAACAACGUUGGUGUGCCUGCGUUUCCAAGCCUGAGGUCACUGCAGGAGAAUCUUCAACUGCCUUUUCUACCUCCGGCCAUAGCUCACGGUGGCUCCGGUGGAGACAUGAACGGAUGGGCCAAGCCGGAGGAGCAGACUGUAGCGGGUGGUGGUUCUGGCAUGGCGCUGUGUCCGUCGGAGCUUGAUUACGUGUGGGGUGGCUACUAGGUCUUCCAUUAGACUUUUAUGUCUUAGCUGACUGAUAGGGGAUUAGACCUGAAAUCUAUGUAUGUUUCUAUUAUUGUGGGUUUGAUGAUGUUUUCGAGCGUUUCUAGAUUUUAGCGAGUUUUAAUGUACGUUAUUGUUAAGGAUGUUUUGGUGCUGUCAA